GGUAUCUUGGCGAUCUUACUUACGUGUGGUGUGGCGAGAUUUCUUAUGUAUCACAUAUCAUAUUUAUUAAUAAAAUUAUAAUUCAACGACAGCUUACUUGACAAUAUCGCCUAUUUAUCAGAAAGAUAAGAUAUAACAAACUCAUAUUAUCAUGUUUGUGUAAUUGAAAUCACAAUUUUGAAGUAAGUAUACAAAGAAGUGAAUUGAGUAUUUGUUCUGUAGCCGUCAGACAAACAGUUGAGAAUGGUGGUGGUGAACGUUACCGAAGGAAGCUUGGAGGGAGAGUUGCUGGACAAUGUCAUCGGAGGAAAAUAUUACAGUUUUAAGGGAAUCCCGUACGCCGCACCCCCAGUUGGGGACCUGAGGUUCAAGCCCCCUCAACCCCCAAAACCAUGGACUGGGGUUAGGACUGCCCGGGAGCACGGCCCCAUCUGUCACCAGUGGGACAUGCUGCUGAAGACUAUGAAACCAGGUAGCGAAGACUGUCUAUACCUGAACGUCUACACCAAGCAGCUCCAGCCGAGCAAGCCGCUACCGGUCAUGGUGUGGAUCCACGGUGGAGCCUUUGCCAGUGGCUCCGGGAACACCGACCAGUACGGACCAGAUUUCCUCGUCGACAAAGACGUGGUCAUCGUCACCAUCAACUACAGGCUCGAAGUGCUGGGCUUCCUGUGUCUAGACAUGGAGGAAGCGGCUGGUAACGCAGGAAUGAAGGACCAAGUCGCAGCCUUGAGGUGGGUCAAGAAGAACAUUAAUAAGUUUGGUGGCGAUCCCAAUAAUAUUACUAUCUUUGGUGAGAGUGCUGGAUCGGCCUCGGUAUCCUUCCACCUUGUGUCGCCAAUGAGUAAAGGUUUGUUCAAGAGGGCUAUCCUGCAGAGUGGAGUCAGCAACGCCAGUUGGGCGACAGUACAGGAGCACAAGGAGAAGGCGAGGGCGCUGGCGCGACAGCUGGGGAAAGAAAAUACGGACGAUGAUAGAGAACUUCUGGAGUUCUUUAAAUCUCAACCGAUCGAUGUGCUUGCAAACACAAAGCCAAACAUAACAUUUUUUGAAAAUGAAAGUCCGUGGGUGCAGCUUCAUUAUUCUAUUGUAAGUGAAACCCAAUUUGGAGAAAACGAGACAUUCUUCACUGGAAAAGGUACUGAUGUACUUUCAAACGGCAUACACGAAGGCGUAGAAAUCAUGAUUGGCCACACGGCUGACGAAGCACUAAUGUUCCUAAACUACAACUCGCCAUUAGAUGAAAUUGUAAACAAAGUAAAUAACUAUUUGGAAUCUUUAGUCCCGAGUUCACUGAAAUGGCACGUACCGAUCAGUAAGCAGCUAGAGAUUGCCAGAAAGUUCAAAGAUUAUUACUACGGAAAGAGCAGUGUUACGGUAGAUAACUUGGGACCAUUGGUUAGAUUUCUUUCUAUGGAUAUGUUCAACUACCCAAUAUUUCAGCUGGCGAGGGCUUGCGCUGGAAACAAAUCUAAAGUUUUCUAUUAUCAAUUCCAUUACUACACCGAAAGAAAUGCAUUUGGGGUGUUGAUGAAUACCCAGGGAAUCCUUCCUGGGAAGAAUGCAGUCAUACACGCAGAAGACUUGUUCUAUUUGUUCAACUUUAACAUGUUGAACAUACCGUUCGAUAACAGUAAAACGGCCAUUGAUACUGUUACCAAACUGUGGACCAACUUUGCUAAAUAUGGGAAUCCUACUCCAGAUGACUCUUUAGGAGCAAAAUGGGCGCCAUUUACGAUCGAGAAACAAGAAUACCUUGAAAUCAACGACAAAUUGGUUUUGAAAACAUUCCCUGAUGAAGAAGAAAACAAGUUCUGGGAUAAUAAUUUAAUUGUAUUGGAAGAGUUUUAUACAUUCCAAAACGCUACUUCUCCACCAAAGAAAGGUUGGUCAUACACUACUUCUUAAGUCCAUUUUUGUAAAUUUGUAUUCAGUAUACAAUAAAGUGUUUAUAAAUAAAUAAAUAAAAAUAA